AUGGAAAGCUCCGCAAUCCCUUUUUUUGAAGAAGUAGAUUUUGAGAAGCUUAGCGAUGAGUGUCAACAACUACUCGCAACCCUUCCUAGAGAAAAAACCUGGGAUGGAAGCUAUUACUAUCUCUAUCAAGGCUUUUGGUUCCGAGCUAUACCCCUUCAUGGCAUCAUUCUCUUUCAGAAACACUUCCAGGCAGAAGACGAAGAUGUAUUAAUCAUCACUUCUGCAAAAUCAGGCACCACUUGGUUGAAGGCCCUCACCUUUGCCAUUGCCAACCGAAAGGAUUCCCCACUCACUCAGAGCCCUUUGCUCACUACCAGCCCUCAUCAACUGGUACGUUUCCUUGAAUAUGACCUUUAUUACAUGAAAUCGGAGUAUUCCGAUCUCCAAGACCUUCCUCGCCCUAGAUUCCUUGCAACCCACCUGCCAUAUGAACUGUUGCCGCCGUCCAUUAAAGAUUCCAAGUGUCGGAUUGUGUACAUGUGUCGAAAUCCAGUAGACAAAUUCAUCUCACUGUGGCAUUUCGUAAACCACAAUCGCCCUGAACCCCUGCAGCCAGAUUCACUGGAGGCUGGUCUGGAGAUGGUGUGCAAGGGAAUUGAAGGAUGUGGACCAUACUGGGAUCACGUGUUGGGGUACUGGAGGAUGAGUAGGGAGAGACCAGAGAAGGUGUUGUUUCUGAAAUAUGAAGAUUUGAAAAAGGACAUCAUCUGUCAAUUGAAAAGGUUAGCCCACUUCCUGGGCGUUCCUUUCUCUGAGGAGGAAGAGAGACAAGGGAUGAUAGAGGAAAUAUCAAGAUUGUGUAGUCUUGACAGCCUUAAAAACUUAGAGGUGAAUAUGAAUGGAAUGCACACCAGUGGACUUAAAAAUAGCAGUUUCUAUAGGAAAGGAGAGGUGGGAGAUUGGGUUAAUUAUGUAACCCCUUCCAUGGCAGAGCGAAUUGAAAAUGCUUUUGAAGAAAAGCUCAGUGGCUCUGGUUUAUCCUUUAAAAUGUCUUGCAACACUAAGAAGGAGGAUAAUUGA